CGUAACGGCGCACGGACAGAACGCACGGACCAUCUUGGACUGAGAGUCUAUACGCCAUGAAGAUCUCCGCCAUCGGAACUACGAUUUUGCUUCUGGCCUGUGUCACGUGCAACUAUGGCCAAAUUGACAUGGAAAAAGGGCUUGGCAUGAUCAAGAAAGCCAUGUCUUGCUUCGGCAACGUGGACCUGACAAAAAUGAUGCAAUCGAAGGGCGACAACAUGAACCCGGGGAAGCUUAUAAAGGCGUUCCAGACUUGUAAAUCGCAACCUAUGGACCAAAUCGUCAUGUGCGUGGGACGUGAAACGGGAGUAAAUUCGACGGUAUUGAGUUGCCUGAGCGGGGUGAUGAGCAGUUCCAGCACGCAGUAGGGCCUGCUCCACGAGUUGUGUAAUUUCGAGCGAUGCCCGGCCUUCUGCUUUCAGCCAAGAAUAAAGGCAUCUAUCUAAUCCAGCA